UACGGCGGGUGUGACAUGGGGGGGCGCGGAGGAGACGCCGGAAGUAGCGGUGGUACGGGUCGGAGUAGGGGGUAUUCACCGCCCGCCGCGACUACCCGCGCGGCGGCAAGAGCAAAGGCCCGAGGGGGUGGGCGUGGUGGGCACCAGAAAACAAGCCCCUCGUUUCGUUCGCGCGGGGCGGCGCCUCGUCGCUCCUCUCCACCAGCUAAGAUGAGCGAGCGCCUCCGCCCCAGGAAAAGGAGGAGGAACGGCAAUGAGGAAGAUAACCAUCUCCCCCCGCAGAACAAACGGAGUAGUAGAAACCCUGUCUUCCAGGACUCCUGGGACACGGAGUCUUCGAGCAGUGACAGUGGCGGGAGCAGCAGCAGCAGCACCAGCAUCCACAGCCCAGACCGGGCCAGUGGGCCAGAGAGUGGCUUAAGCCAGGUCAUCCCCAGAUCCAGCCCCAACACCCCACAGCCCGAGCAGUCUGCACUGUGCCAAGGCCCUUACUACCACAUCAACCAGACCCUGAAGGAGGCCCACUUUCACAGCCUACAGCACCGAGGACGGCCUCUGACAUGAUGCACCAGAAGUUUCUUGCCUUCUGUGAAGGGACAGUGCUGUGCAGAUUUGAUACUUCAACUUACAGUUUGUUUUGAAAAAUUGCACACAAAAACCCUGCCUGUUGACUUUUCAGUCUAUUUGAAAUAACAAGUUAACAGGCAAUUGUUUACUUGUGGUUCUGCUGCACUAUUGCAAUUUCAAAGGGGCUUUGAAGCAAUUUUUUAUAGGAUUCUUUCAAGGGAGAUUAUCAAAUCCAUGUCAAGGUAGUAGUAGUAGGAAAUUUCAUCUGUGUGUCAUAUCCAUAGUGUGUCCAAUUCAGACUAAUUCCCCAAUCUGUCGAUUAGAAGUUCUACUUUGUGUAAAAGGGUCUUUUAAAAAUGCAGGAUCUUCAGUUUUAAUUCAGUAAACUAGUGAAGAGUAUUCCAUGAAAAAAAAAGUUUUUCCCAAAAGAUAGGAAGCUUGAUUCAGUCUUGCACUGAAACUAAUUGCCAUACUACCUCUUAGUAUAUGGGCCUCCUAUGGGAAGUACGCUGUCUGUUUUAUCAGAACAAUCAGAUCCAAUUUACUGUGGAAGUGAAGCACCCUCGCUACUGAAGGUCUGCUCUCUGUUAUAUAUUUGUACUUCCAGGGGGACUGUCCUUCAGACUCUUGUAUAGCCAGAUAACUUCUGUAUCACUUUUCCUGCAGAGUCUGCACCUCAGACCGCAUUAGAAAAUACUGCACAGUUCUGCAAGUCAAGGAAUGUGUGACAACUUUUUGUCUUGCUUACAAGCUUGUUACUUGUACCCAUAGCUCAUGUGAUCUCACAUCAUUCCAUCUGGCAGUGUCAAUAGCUGAGGCAUAGAUGUGUGCUGCUGAUAAAGCAAGCAUAAGCUAGCUGAACUGCUGUCCAAAGUGACCAACAAUGAAAAUACUGGGUGAGGAGUAACUUUGUUUAAAGUCCCCCUUGACAGGACUAGGGAAUGAGAUGGUUUAGGAAGAAAGGAGGAGAGGCACCUUCCAGGGAAAUACUAGUCCAGUAGUAUUUAUUUAGAGAGAUGGGCAUGCUCCUGUGUUAUUUUGUCAUACUUGAGAGCCAGCUGAGUUUGAAUAAUGAAGGUGCAGAUGUUUCGUCUUCCUCACUGGCGAGCUGUCUGGCACCAGUGAAGAGGGAGCCGGGCUGCGCAGGGUCACCUGCUCUGCAGAGUGCAAGGGGGCCAACCUGCCACAGGAUGUAGAGGAAGUGCCUUAGAGUCCACCUGAAGCCUCUGCCUGCUCCCCUUCCCUUGCCCUGCACUGCAGUCCAUGCCCCUCCAGUUGGAAGCCACACAGACACACAGCAGGGCUGAGACAGCUGGAUGGCUCUGCUAAGAGGACUUUGCUCUUUCAAGGUUGGAAAGGAUGUGGGGGACAGCACGGGGUUUUAGUAUCUGACAGAACUCAAAUCUCGAGAAGGAAAACCAAUCCAGGAAGAGAGUAACCCUAUGUACCUGCUUUCCACAGUCUGUUCCUCUAAUAGGGAUAGAAUUUAAAGGCCAGUAGCAGAAUGUGGAAACCAGUGUUAUGGGGAAAAGUUACAACACAGGCCAUGCUUAAGGAGUGUGGAUUUUUGGCAAAGAGCUUUUUAUCUUUUUAAUUCUUUACUGUCUCCCAGAUUCAAAAACCAGAUGUUUGACAAGAACUUUGGAUCUUAAUGGGUUUGAUAGCAGGGAAUAUGGAACGGACAUGUUGCUAAUAUUUUGUCUAACAAUUCAACAACUGAAUGCUGUGACAAGCUGAGCUCUCAAACACAUGUAUACCACACAGAAACCCAGGAGGACUCCUUCAGGCUCAACGGAUGGCAUCCUACUGAAACAAGAUGUGUAUCAACAAGAAAAUGUAAAAACAGGAAGCAAGCAUUUAUUUUCCAUGCAACUAAAAACUAAGGAAGAUGGAACCAUCAGCAGAACAAAAGGAUUUUCUCCAAAUUGGUGCAACUGUUAUGCUGAGUUGGCAAUGCUGUCUCUUGCUGUACUUAAUGCAAGAAACCAUCUUCAUCCUGCUUGCACAUUUUCUACAGCCUUCUGCCUGGGAUGUGUUUCUACUAUAAGGCUCUUGGUAGUGUCAACGGGCAUAUGUUAAAUCUUCCUUUGGUUCAAGCUAGUAAAACCUUGUAUUUCUCUAUUGCACCACCAUUAAAAGCAGCAUUAGUGCA